AUUUGUCACAAAUUCCGCCUUCAACACUUAUCUUUAAGGAACAAAGCACACACACUCCAUCUUAUUCUAGUGCUUUCACCAACAUUCUUCUCUUAUCUAGUAGUACUUUUCAAAACCAGGGGCGCAGUUAAAUUGCCCUGAAUACCAAACAACACAAACACCAACUAUAAAACCAGAACUGAACCUUUCAGUUUUUGGCAUCAUCAUUCAGAUAUGGCAAAGGCACGAACUGUUGGAGUAGCCGUGGACUUUUCUCCUACCAGCAAAUUAGCUCUUCGUUGGGCCGUUGAUAAUCUCAUCAACAAAGGUGAUCAAAUCAUCUUGAUCACUGUUCAGCCUCCCCAAGCUCAUCACACCCGAAAGGAGCUUUUUGAGGACACUGGUUCACCUUUGGUUCCUCUGGAGGAAUUGAGGGAGUUGAAUUUUACUAAGCAAUAUGGGAUUGCUAGGGAUCCUGAGGUCAUAGGUAUCCUUGACACUGCCUCCAAGACUAAAGGGGCAAAGGCAGUGGCAAAGGUGUACUGGGGAGAUCCAAGGGAGAAGUUGUGUAAUGCUGUGGAAGAUCUUCACCUGGACUCUUUGGUUGUUGGAAGCAGGGGUUUAGGUCCCAUUAAAAGGGUGUUGUUGGGCAGUGUAAGCAAGCAUGUGAUGACAAAUGCUUCUUGCCCCGUCACAGUGGUUAAGGGAAAACAAUCUUCCAAUUCCCGUCAUUAAAUCCGAUUUGUGAAUAAUUAGUAUGCAUCUAUCCAUAUGAAGAUUGAAGAAAAAUUCAGAAGUUUGUUUGAUGGCGCACGUGUGUGGGGAAAUGAACAUGGCUGUGACGAAACGAAAACACUACGUUACUAUUCAAUAAUUGUGUUUCUGGUCAUGUUGUAUUUACGUAUAGUAGGAUUGCUAACCAUCAUUAUUGCUUUGUUUACAUCUCUCAUAAUGAUAGGUGAGGUAUAUGUCAUAUAAUUAUCCAUUAAAUAAACUUUGUAAGUGUAUUUGAAUUGGAUUGAUUUUAUUACAAUAGAAUAUCUUAGAAUUCAUCA